AUGAUGGCUAGUUUAGAAGAUCUGAUUCCCACCGUGAACAAGUUACAGGAUGUCAUGUAUGCUUCCGGGAUAGAAACAAUGAAUCUACCCAUUUUAGCCGUAGUAGGGUCACAAUCGUCUGGUAAAUCAUCUAUACUGGAGACAUUAGUCGGUCGAGAUUUCCUUCCUAGAGGUAAUGGGAUCGUGACGAGAAGACCAUUGAUCUUGCAAUUAAUUAAUACGUCCCCAGAAUCGCGGUCUCCUUCAAUAACACCACCUCUAUCCAAGAGUAACUCGUCCAGGAGCGAUGAUAGUGAUGAAUUUGUAGAUCCCAAGGAGGAUUUUACAUCUCAGCUUAAAAACAGACCAAAUUACAGGAACAAUACAAUCAGAUCAGAAGAAUGGGGCGUCUUUUUACAUAAACCUGAUGAAAAAUUUUAUGAUUUCCAAGAAAUUCGUAAGGAAAUCGAAUUAGAAACUGUUAGAAUUGCUGGUAAGAAUAAAGGAAUCAGCAAGAUUCCAAUAAGCCUCAAAAUUUAUUCUCCUUACGUGUUGAACCUGACUUUGGUCGAUCUACCAGGGAUUACGAAAGUUCCAAUAGGCGAACAGCCUCAUGAUAUCGAAAAGCAAAUAAACAAUCUGAUAUUAGAUUAUGUUGCCACCCCAAAUUGCCUGAUCCUUGCGGUUUCUCCAGCUAAUAUUGAUAUAGCCAAUUCAGAAUCAUUAAAAUUAGCAAAGGAAGUAGAUCCUCAUGGCGCAAGAACGAUUGGUGUUCUUACAAAAUUGGAUUUAAUGGAUUCAGGAACAAAUGCAAUUGAUAUAUUGAUGGGGAAAGUUUAUCCAUUAAAAUUAGGUUUUAUUGGUGUAGUAAAUCGUUCGCAGCAAGAUAUCCAAGAAAAUGUAACAGUGAAAGAAGCAUUAGACAAUGAAGAUGCUUUCUUCAAAAGACAUCCAAUGUAUAGGAGAAUUGCAAGCCGCUGUGGCACUCGUUACUUAGCAAAACUGUUGAAUAAGACCUUGAUGAACCAUAUUAGGGACAAAUUGCCCGAUAUCAAAGUCAGAUUGAAUAGUUUGAUAAACCAAAUGGAGAAACGGCUGCUAUCGUUUGGUGAUCCUUCAAUGUUCGAUGGAUAUGAGAACAAAUCCGGCCUUGUGUUGCAACUAAUCAAUACUUUCGCCACCAAUUUCAUCGCUUCCAUCGAUGGUACAUCCUCUAAUAUUAAUACAAAGGAAUUAUGUGGAGGUGCAAGAAUUUACUAUAUCUAUAACAAUAUUUUUGGUCGUACUUUGAAGUCUGUUGAUCCUACCGCAAAUUUAUCGAAGAAUGACAUACGGACCGCCAUAAGAAAUAGUACAGGUCCUAGAGCAACUUUAUUUGUACCAGAAUUGGCGUUCGAUCUUUUAGUAAAACCACAAAUUAAGCUACUGCUAGAGCCUUCCCAACAUUGUAUCGAGUUAGUCUUUGAAGAACUAAUAAAAAUUUGCAAUAAAUCUGGCUCUUACGAGCUAUCCAGAUAUCCUAACUUAAAAAAUAUUCUGAUUGAUGUGGUUAGUGAACUGUUACGUGAAAGACUUGAGCCAACACAUUCAUAUGUUGAAAGUCUGAUCUCAAUUCAUACCGCUUACAUAAAUACGAACCAUCCAAGAUUCUUAGGCGCAACUGAGGUAAUGUCUGAUAUUUUAAAUGAAAGAGACAGGAAAAAGAAUGAAUCAAUGAAGAAGCCGAUGGCAUUGAAUGAUAUUUCACAGAAUUACAAAAAUGCGGACUCGAUAAGUGUUAGCUCUAUACCGCUCACCAAAAAUGAUAUACCCAAUGGCGGCAACAAUCUAAAUAUAAUGAUUGAUGAAGCUCUCUCAAAGUCAACAAGUAAUCUCGAUCUGAAUGGUAACAAUAUCCACAACACUGAAAAAGAAUCCUUUUUGAACUAUUUUUUUGGUCAAGAUAGAGAUCGUCUUUUGAAUAAUGCAACAAAUUCGAAGAUUCCUGAAUAUAAGAAUAUCGAUAGUUCUAUUAUGAAUGAUUUCAGUGCACCUAAUGUUGUGCAAAAUGAUACGAUUAUGGAACCUGAUGUAACUUUGAGUGAACGAGAGGAGCUAGAAUGCGAAUUAAUUAAAAGAUUAAUAGUAUCCUAUUUUGGUAUCGUCCGAGAAAUGAUUGAAGAUCAGGUUCCAAAGGCUAUUAUGUGUCUGCUUGUAAAUUUCUGCAAGGAAAAUGUUCAAAAUAGACUGGUUAAAGAACUAUACAAAGAAUCGAUGAUGAAUGAAUUACUGAAAGAAGAUGAUACAUUAGUUCAGGAACGUUUUAAUUGCGAACAACUUCUAAAUACCUACAAGAAAGCAUCUUCAAUUAUUAAUAACAUUCUAUAA